UCUCAGUGAGAUUUUACACUCUCCCUCUCCCUCUCCCUGUGCCUCUCCCUGUGCUUCUCUCUUCCUCUCGCUUUCUAUCUUAAGUUGCUGGAGCUGAAGCAACUAGGCUACUCUCUCUCUCUAUCUUUCUUGUUUCUGUCUCUCUCAGUAGAGAUGUAGCCUACUUUCAUACCUCAAACUUUCAUACCUAUUUGCUGAAGUGCUAAAGCCGUUUCUUAGCUCCAUCUUCUUCCAGUCCAAGUCAGUCCUCUGCUACUUCAUGGAUCUCCUCAGUCCUGCUCUCUGACCUCCUGUGUUCUUUCAGCUGUAGCUUUUCUCCUCCUGCUUCUCCAAUCUGGACCAUGGCCAUGAAGGAGACGGUGCUGCCCAUCAGCGAGGUGUGCAGCCCCUUUCCAGAGGUGAUCGAGCUGAAUGUUGGUGGGCAAGUGUAUGUGACAAAGCGCACCACUCUGCUCAGCUUUCCUGACACCACUCUUCAUGCCAUGUUUGCACGGAGGGCACCUGGUGAGCUGCCCCGUGAUAGCCGUGGCCGCUUCUUCAUUGACCGUGAUGGUUUCCUGUUCCGAUACGUCCUGGACUUUCUGCGUGACCGGCACGUAGUUCUGCCCGAGCACUUUCCGGAGCGUGAACGCCUACAGCGUGAAGCUGAGCACUUCCAGUUAAAUGAACUGUUGAGGCUGCUGGGUCCACCACGUAUUGCGAAGCAGGGCUCACUCAAUGAUGAAGGCUGCCACAGUGACAUUGAGGAGAGCUCUCAGAGCAGCGAGCUGCCUGGACGCACUCCAAGCCUGGAUAAGAGGUCAGGGUUCAUCACCCUUGGCUACCGUGGCUCCUAUACCACAGUGAGAGACAACCAAGCAGAUGCCAAGUUCCGGCGUGUGGCAAGGAUCAUGGUGUGUGGGCGCAUCGCUCUGGCCAAAGAGGUGUUCGGUGAGAGUCUGAACGAGAGCCGUGACCCAGACCGGCCACCUGAGAAGUACACGUCCCGCUUUUACCUGAAGUUCACCUAUCUAGAGCAGGCCUUCGACAGACUGAGUGAGGCUGGCUUUCAUAUGGUGGCUUGCAAUUCCACAGGGACAUCUGCCUUUGUUAACCACUACAGAGACGAUAAGAUUUGGAGUAGCUACACUGAAUACAUCUUCUUCAGGCCCGCCUGCAGGACCGUGUCCCAGAGAGCAGAGUGUGAGGAACCCAAGCCUGAGAAGCUGGCAGACAAGGGCAGUGAAAGUGGAGCUUCCUUGAACGAAUUGUCUACCUCCAGCUCAGAGACCCACUCAGAGGCCACAUCACCCCAGGAUGGAAGCUCCAUCGUGGUGCCCCGUGAAGCGGUAGUUGGAGGCUCCCUGGCACCAUGUGGAGCCCUGCAUUCAGUAUCUCGCCCCCCCAGUACCCUCACCCUCGGCAGGCCACCCAAGAAGGGUGCUUCCGUGCAGUGGAUGGAGCUUCCAGAUAAAAGGCGCAACAGUGAGCUCUUCCAGUCGUUGACCAGUGGCGUGGGGAUACGUGAGGGUGGACUCGUGCGCAGAAAAACUCUGGAAAGACCCAAUGCUCAAGAGGAGAUGAAGCAGUGCAUUAAGGAUUUUAGCCAAAUCAGGAUUCCUCAGGCAUUCCCAGAACGGAAGCGCCAGUGGCAGUCAGAAUUGCUCCAGAAAUACGGACUUUAGAAAAGCACAGUCAGAAUUUCUGUGACAUGGGAUUUUUUGCCUUCUUAUAUUUUUGUUUUCUGAUUCUGGUUUUCUGAUUUAAAUGUAUUUAUGUAUUAACAUGUUCCUUAAAACGGUGCAAUAUUUCUCAAAUGGAAAGCAACAAGGCUGUUAAAAACAUCUGUAAUCUUGGAUGAAAGUGGGUAAAAACCAUUUGAAUUGUCCUGUAGCUCUAUAUUCAAACUUAAAGCAAAGAGAAAAAAACAAAAGUAAAUGAAGCAAGCAUCCUCAGCAGAAUAAAAAAAUAUUAUUGAUGGGAAGGACUGUUUUUUCCUCAGCAGCCUAUUUAGCAGACAUUGUUGCUAGUAAAUCAGUCAACUGUAAACACAUUAAAUAUUCACUUGUUAUGUUGCUUUGUCUAUAGAAAAUCUUUGAACACUUGCAUCAGUAUAGAGUUUAUGUCUUGUAUAUGUCUUGUACAGUUCCAUUGUGCAAAUGUGGGCAUUUUAUACCUCACAAUGUUGUACAAAUUUUUAAUGAGUAUCAUGAAGCCAGCAUGGGAUGAAUACAUACAUUUAAUGACUCUAAAAGAUAUAAAAUUCACAUGCUACAUACUGCAGUGAUUUUAAUGCUGAACUUUUUAUUGAACUGCUAUGAGUGGAUGUGUACCUGAUGAUAUCUAAAGCCGGCGGUCCAUAUGGCUCACUGUUUAAUAUGUGGUUUUAGUUUGUAAAGUGGUCUGUGCAUAACAAUGUUUGUGUAUAUUUUUAAAAGAAUAAUUUCAGACAAGAAAUAGUUAACACACAGCAAACAUACAAAAUGUUAGUUUUAAUAACGCACGGCAGAAAGUCUUACAUUUUAGGGUUUUUGAUAGAUGCCAAAUCACUUAACAGUAUGCUUAGAGUGCAAUUUACAGUAAGUGCUGGAUUGGGAUGCUGAAAUGUCUCUUUCUAGAACACAGGUUUGAGAAGCACAAUGACACUGCUGUCUCUGUGAAACCUUAGUUGCAGUGAUUCAGUAAAUUUCCAACAAGAGCUAGUGUUAGUUUAAUGUAACAUGAAAUACAAGAAAUGGCAAUUUUCUUCUGUAAUAAAAUGUGUCGUGUAAAUGGAAAGAGAGAAAUCCGUUUGUCUGCUUUGUGUACUGUAUGAUUUCUUAAAUAUGUGGUAAGUUAAAAUAAACAAGGGCUGAUUAAA